CUGAGGAAUUGGCAGUGUACAGAAGGUUGGUACCAUAGAGAUAAUUUACUUUUUCUAGUAAAUGAUCUCUAUUCUUCUCUAUGAAAGAACAAAAAUGGGAGCUUCAUAAUUCACGUCAUAUGUUUCCACUGCUGUGUUCGCUCUCUGGCCAUUGACGGCUAUCUUCUGGUGGAUGUAUAGUUCUCUGGAACUUAAUGAAAGUUUAGUAGAGUAGAUUUACUCUUGCUGAGGAAUUGGAGUUAACUUAUGACAGUUGCAGCAUCUUUGCAAGCCUUGUAACAUCCACAUGAAGAGUAUGUUGCCACCAGUGAGGAAAGACCGAAUCAUAACUCAGCUUCCAGGGUGUUUUUCCCCAGAUGCGGCCCUGCAUACUAAAGAUGGCUUCCACUGGCAGGUCAAGGCUGCUUGUCAAGGGCAAAAGAAAGGUGCAGUGGGGUUUAACGUCGCCAAGGUGAUUGUAGUAGGUGACGUGGCUGUUGGGAAGACGUGUCUGAUCAGCAGGUUUUGUAAGGACUCAUUUGAUAAGAACUAUAAGGCCACCAUUGGAGUGGAUUUUGAGAUGGAGCGGUUUGAGGUACUAGGGGUGCCAUUCAGUUUACAGCUGUGGGACACAGCGGGACAAGAAAGAUUCAAGUGCAUUGCCUCUACCUAUUACAGAGGAGCACAAGCUAUCAUAUUGGUAUUUGACCUGAGCAGUGUGGGCUCCCUUGACAACGCUAGGCAGUGGCUGGAGGAUGCUAUGAAGGAGAACGACCCUUCCAGUGUGCUGCUGUUUCUGGUUGGAACCAAAAAGGACCUCAGCUCUACCGAGCAUCUGGCAAAUAUGGAGCAGGAGGCCAUCAGACUUUCAGAAGAAAUCAGAGCAGAGUACUGGGCCGUGUCUGCUAAGUCAGGGGAGGGCAUCAGGGACCUCUUCUUCCGGGUAGCGUCUCUAACCUUCGAGGCCAAUGUGCUGGCAGAACUUGAGAAGAGCGGAUGUAGGCGAGUUGGUGACAUCAUCAGAGGAAUGUGUCACAACACGCAGUACAUUGCACCCUGCUGCGUAUGGGGCUGAACAGCUGCAGACCGGUCAGAAUGCACAUGAUGACCCCCUCCACCGCCGAAAGCAUCUAUAAUGGGGAACUGAACCUUGGAGCAGUGGAAGAAGGACCGAUGAUUUCCCUUUUUCUUUUACAUCAUGUGAAUGAUCAUGGACUUGUUUGCCGUUUACCUGGGGAAGUGAUGGUACCAGGAUGCACUGUGGGAAGAUGACAAGCCGUUGGAUUGUGAUGCUUUGCGCAAUGUUCUGCUGGGAAACCCUGGGUCCAGGUAUUCAUGUGGAAGUUAAUUUGAUACGUGUCACCUACCUGAACAUUUUUCCAGGAAUAGCCGUUCAUGGCAAUGGCAUUCCCUGGUGGCAGUUGCCUCUUUCAGCAGGAUAAUAGACCUUGCCGUGCACAUACAGCUCUGAAAAGAAUUAACA